ACAGUCUUUACGUCUUAACAUCAAGCAACAAGUAUUUUCCCUCACCUUAACCUGAUACUAGCUCAUUUGACCAACUGGAAGACCAAAUUUUUCACUGCCAUACUUAAAUCGGUCUACUCGCCUUGAUCGAAACAGUGGUGCGUCUGUAUUGUGUAGACAUUAAAGCAAGGUACUAACACUGAAGAGAGAGAGAGAGAAUGGUGGAGGCAGAAGCGGAGAAGACGACGUUAGAGUUCACGUCGACGUGGGUGGUGGCCGUGGUUUGUUGUGUGAUGGUGCUGAUUUCUUUCCUUGUUCACAGGUUUCUUCAAUUUGCAGGGCAGCUUUUGAGCAGGCCGUCCAAGAAACACCCGAGUCACUGCAGGGGCAGGCGAAAGCAUCUCUUUGAUGCUUUACAGAAGAUCAAAGAAGAGUUGAUGCAGCUGGGGUUCAUAUCCUUGCUGCUAUCAGUGUUCCAGACGAGUAUCGGGAAGAUUUGCAUAUCGGAGAGACUUGCCAACGUCUGGCUUCCCUGCCACCAGCCUGCUUACUCUUCUUCCACCACCACUGCCCACUUCUCGACUGAUCCCAUCGCUUCCGAUGGAUAUCAAGGACGCCAACUCGUGGCCAACACCACUGAUUACUGCGUUCAAAAGGGGAAGGUGCCACUGUUAUCUCUCACAGCACUUCACCAUCUACACAUCUUCAUAUUUGUGCUAGCUACCUUCCACGUGAUCGUCUGUGUGGUCAUUAUUCUAUGUGGAGAAGCAAAGUUAUACCAUUGGAGGCAGUGGGACAAAUCCAUCAUAGAGAACGGUUGUUACAUCAACGAAGAGGAUCGUCGCAGCCAGCUGACCCAGCUUGCCAAAAAAGACCGUCGUUUUUUCGACGAAGGCAAAAGAUUAGCAGUAAUUGGCUGGUUGCAUAUAUUUGGCAAGCACUUUUUUCCGUCCGUGACUAAGUUGGAGUACAUUGCGAUCCGUCUGAAUUGCAUCAAGGCCCAUAAGUUGAAAACACCCGACGACGAUUUUCAGAACAUAAUCCGCAGAGUGCAAAAGGAUUUCAACAAAGUUGUUGGAAUCAGUUGGUAUCUGUGGUUAUUCGUGGUGCUUUUCUUGCUCCUGAAUGUUUCUGGAUGGAAUGCCUACUUUUGGAUAUCUUUCCUUCCAUUGACACUUCUGCUAGUUGUUGGCGCGAAAUUGGAGCACGUAGUAACACAGAAAACGAAAAAGAUCACCGAGAAGUAUAAUUCAAGUGCAGGGGCCUCAAUAUCGACGGUUACCGCUGUUGAAUUUUCAGAUGACGAUUUCUGGUUCCAUAAGCCACACCUUGUCCUUGACUUGAUUCACAUCAUACUAUUCCAAAACUCUUUCGAACUUGCUUUUUUCUUCUUUAUAUGGUUUCAAUAUGAUUUUAACUCAUGCAUUAUGGGAGAGGUUGGCUAUGUCAUCCCGAGACUUGUCAUAGGAGUGUCUGUCCAGUUCAUGUGCAGCUAUAGGACCCUGCCACUAUAUGCCAUAAUGAAAUCACAGAUGAGUCGGAAGCAGGAUCACUCGAAAGAAGAGAGAGAAAUGAAGGUUGUGACUUGGAUUUGGGACUGGAUUGAGAGAGAUUCGAGGAAGGUGGCAUCAAGUAACGAAUCAACCCAAGCGGGUUCAAGAGAGGGACUACCGGCAAAUGAGCAGACAAAAGCUGGUGAAAUUGAUUCGGAGAUGGAAGCAGACAUUGAAGCACAAGAUGAAGCACAAGAUGGAACCAAGCCCUCAUAUACAUUAGAAUUUAAAACCAGGAGAGCAGCGAUGGAUAGACGUAUAAGUUUUGCUCCUUUUCUUUCCUUCCGUGGUCCUUAGCCAACGAUGAGACCAUGAUUCAUCUUCAUCUUCUUCUGUCAAGUAAUCAAACUUCGAAUUACUCUCGUCACUUAUUAGGGUUACACAUGGGGCCAUAGUCCUGGAAUCGAUCACCGGACACCUGAUGAAGUCGUGAAUAAGGAUUGUUAGACAGCAAGGCUACAGCUCAGUUGAGAUUUCCUCCAUGAUUAUUUUCCUGCAUUAGAGAUAUAGAUAUAUUUAGGAGAUUUUGUUUUGAUUUUGAUUUGAUGUAAUUGAUAUUUUGUUAUUUAUUACUUUAGAUAGUUAAUCUUUAAAGCCUAUAAAUAGGCACAUGCACCUUUCAUUAGCGAUGUACAAAAAUAUUAUUAAAUACAAUAUAUGGCUGCUUUUAGCCGCAA